AACUGGAAAAUCAUAAUUUACAAAAAUUCUCAAAUCAUCAAAGCUGGGUCAUCAAUAACAUAUCCACAUCGGAGACAAAACAGGCAGAAAUUAACAGAAAAAUCUUAAUUCACCAAUCGCUUGCAAAUCAUCAGGACAAUCACUUAAAGUCCAAGUAGGCAUGCUCAAAUCAAUACAAAAAGAUUAAUAAUCUUAUUUCAAAUCAGUCAUGCUCAUUUCUAGAAAAACCAGGAAAUUCUCAUUAAAAAUCAUCAAAACUCUCAUUUCAGUUUAAUCACAUUCACAUGCUGAUAAAAUCAAUUUAAAAUCAAUUUGAACCUUGCCACCAUCUCAAAAACAGUUUAAAACAUACUUUAAAAUCAAAGGGCUUUACCAUGAUUUACUUACCUCACUCGCACAGAACCGAAGGCUAACCCAAGCGCUACGGUGACAGAACGAUCAAAACCAGGAAACUCCGGCGAGCAGCACCGGGUCCGGCUGGGAAGGAAGCCGACGGGGAGAGGAAUGGAGGAACUCACGGCAAACCAGAAAAAUCGAGAAGCUCUCCACCGGCAAGAGCAGCUCGCGGCAGGGGAAGGAAGAGCAGAACAGAUUCGAGAUUUCUGGGUUUAAUAGCUGGUCUAGAACAAGAAAAGGGGGAGAAAUCCCCAAGUUUUACCGGUGUUUCUGGCCGAA